CCGCCCACCGAGCUGGUGCCGUCGGAGCGCGCCGUGGUGCUGCUGUCGUGCGCGCUCUCCGCGCUCGGCUCCGGCCUGCUGGUGGCCACGCACGCCCUGUGGCCCGACCUGCGCAGCCCGGCACGGCGCCUCCUGCUCUUCCUGUCGCUGGCGGACCUGCUCUCGGCUGCCUCCUACUUCUACGGGGUGCUGCAGGACUUCGCGGGCCCCUCGUGGGACUGCGUGCUGCAGGGCGCGCUCUCCACCUUCGCCAACACCAGCUCCUUCUUCUGGACCGUGGCCAUCGCCCUCUACCUGUACCUCAGCAUCGUCCGCGCGGCGCGCCAGCCUCGGACCGGCCGCCUGCUCUGGGCCUUCCACGUCGUCAGCUGGGGGGUCCCGCUGGCCAUCACGGUGGCAGCUGUCGCCCUGAAGAAGAUCGGCUAUGACGCCUCGGACGUGUCAGUCGGCUGGUGCUGGAUCGACCUGCAGGCGGAGGACCGGGUCCUGUGGAUGCUGCUGACCGGGAAGCUCUGGGAGAUGCUGGCCUACGUCACGCUGCCCGUGCUCUACUGCCUUAUCAGGAAGCACAUAAACAGGGCGCGCGAGGCCCUGUCGGAGUACCGGCCCAUCCUCUCCGAGGCCCACCGGCCACAGCACCACGCCUCCGUGGCCGACAAGAAGCUGAUCCUCAUCCCGCUCAUCUUCAUCUGCCUCCGGGUCUGGAGCACCGUGCGAUUCGUCCUGACCCUCUGUGGCUCCCCGGCCGUGCAGUUGCCAGUGCUGGUCGUUCUGCACGGUAUUGGGAACACGUUUCAGGGCGGUGCCAAUUGCAUCAUGUUCGUCCUCUGCACCCAGGCCGUCCGAACUCGGCUCUUCUCUGUCUGCUGCUCUUCCCAGCCUUGUGCUGAGAGCCCGGCUGGCCCUCCCAAGGCUCCUGCUGCACCGUCCAAGACGGGAGAACUGCAGGGGUCCAGACGCACCCCAGAUGAACUUCCAAGUGCCUGAGCUUUUCCCUUCCUAGUUCUGUGCACAGGUGCUGCCCACCUGGGGACAGGUGCUUCUGGGAGUCCCUGCUGCAGGAAGUGGGGGGUGGGCGUCUGCAGGUACUUGAGGCCUUCUGCUUUUGAAGCUCUUGACCCCCCUGUGGGGGAACCACCACAAACCCAGCUGCUUCUACCUCCUAGACCCUCAGGUGGCACAUCCCCCUCCCACCCGUGUCCUGCUGCACGCGGGGGCACUUGCCUGCGUGGGGUCGGCAGGGGGAUCGGUACGUGAUCGCUGUCAGGUUGCCCUGUGGUCCGCUGCUCGUGGGCCUUGUGACCACACAGCACUGUUUACAGUUCAAGGGACCCACACCUGGGGGAAAAGCACAAAGAGGUAUAUAUGUAGACCGAGCACCUGUCCUAAAUAAAAUGCCAGGGGUUACCAGGGAUGCGUCCCCCGCUUAGAUAUCAUAAAGCCGAUUUUUGGUUUGUCAGGGCAUUGAGAUUUCCAGGAGAACCCAGCUUUUCUUGGAUAGCUUUGCUGGUCAGCAAAAGAGCCGGUUCCCUUUAACCAGCUGGAAGGUUCCCGUGAGGUUUCUGGGCAGCUGGUCUCCUCGGGACCUCCCAGAUUCUCUCUAUGGGUUGCCAACCCUUGAUGCAGAUUGUGCUUGAAUUUCAAGCCCAGGCCAGAACCCAGACUCCUGCCUGCCUCCACCAGUCACUUUAAGAUACAGGUUCCCUCUUCCCGUGCGAGAGCUGAAACAGGGACAAGAAGAGGCAUUGCAGGGAAUCCCAGCAGAUGUCCGCUGCCUCUCGGGUCUGUUCUCUGGAAGACUGGACUGGGGAGAGCUGGUAGGGAUCCGGCUGAAUCACCUCCCGGCUUAGUUUUUUUAUAGAAAAGGUGACCAGAGAGUUGGCGAAUGAUCCAAAUAACAGAUUCCUCCCUGAAGGUGAAGCUUUGGGGACUUGGUUCGGGGAAGUGACACAUGCAUCAUGGGGUGAUUAUUUACAUUUAAAAGAAAAGGAUCGAAAUUGAGCAUCCGUAUCUCUAUAGCCGUGGCUCUUCCACCAACAUUUUCCUGUUAUUUCAGAAAACUGUUUCUCUGUUAAGUCACAUAAGCCACUGGCUAAGGUGGCAAGUGUCAGCGUCACCGCAGGAGGCUUGGGGAGGAAGAGUUCAACUUCAGCCUAUCAGCGUCCCUCCCUUGGGUUCGGUCAGAACGCUGCAAAACCGAAAUGAUCCUCUGAACCUGUAAGACGGUUCUGGAUUAAAACCAAAGCCUCACCAUACUGUUGAUUUCCAUUUUAUUCGCAAAAGCAGAAUCUUCACAGGAAGAGAAUCUGAAAGAAAGAGCCAUUGACAGAACUCGAUCCAAAAUGCUCAUUUUCAGUUUCCUUUUUUUUUUUUUUUUUUAAGUUUUCUUUAUGAAAAUCAGCAAGAGGCGAUCAUCCCCUAAGGACUCACCGUAAACCCUGGGCUGCCCCUACAGAAAGCUACUUGUCAGUAGGGCAAUCUCCUUACAGAAAUGGCCAAUAUAAGGGGCAUCCAGGGAUCCCCUGGAGACAAUACGGCAGAUGAUGGGCACGUAGCUGGUAAAGACCCUCACCUUAGCUUCUAGAAUGGAGCAGACAUUCAGGAAGUUGCUUGCUGCAAGAAAGAAAAUGGAUCAGAGCUGAGUUAGCCUGUGGGCCACAGAGGAUGAGGUGAGAAUAAAGCCUACUCGGAAGGGGGCCCCAGAGUCCUUGGCUUAGACUGCAGUGCUGGCUGCCUGCCCGGGGUGGCUCCUGCAGGACUGGCCAGACCUGGGCGUCCCCCAGCAGGCCACGGUCAGGAAGGGCCGGCAGAGGGAGUAGGGGCUCAGGACAGGUGUGACUCAGCUCAGGACAGGUGCUACAGCCUCGUCCGGGUGUCCUCAGCCCAGAGCCCUCUCCUCUCAGGCACUUUCUGAACAUUGGUCUUUGAGUCAGGCUUACCAGGCGCUUUCUGCCUCUCUGUGCUUCUGAGUUCUUUAUGUUUGUUUGUUUUGUCUUUUAAUAAAGAGUAUUAUUUGGCCGGCGGUUAAGGGUGCACACAGAGCUGCUCUUACGUACACGACAAGAAACGUUUUUACAAAUUCCUGCUCUGGCAUAAUAACAGUGUGAGGUCUGUAUCGAAACCCUGACCAUCUUGGGUCGAAGCCAAAGUUUUGCUAUUUUAAAUUAAAUAAACUAAUUAUUUUUCU